GCGGAGUUGGUGAACGGCGUGAAUCAGAGUGGCUGUGGGGACUGCUGCGCUCGCCACACAGCUGUCAGGAGGAGAGCCGCGGAACCUGCAAACUUAUGAACUGAGAAGGUGUAUCGUGUCCUUCGGUCUGCUGGUAUCAGGAUGUGGUUCACAGUCAGACUGAGUCUCUGCCUGCUGGGCUUCUUUCUCAUCUCUGUGUUCCCUCACGCAGCACAAGGCCAAGUUUCAUCACCAAGAAGGCUUCGCACCAAAGUCCUGAGCCCCACCAAGCUGCACGUGUCUUGGAAAGAACCCAAAGGACAGUUUGAAAGCUACAAAGUCGUUUACACCACACGACCAGAAACGUACAACUUUAAGAUCAUUGCAGUCCAUGAGGGGCAGGAGAGCAAACCUCUUCAGGGCAAACAUGAAGCUCAGCAAUCAGCUGUUGAAAUGGCUCCAUCCCAAGGGAGAAAAAAUGGCAGCGUCACACAGGAGAACAAUGAGAUCUCAGAAGCUGAAGCGGGAUUUAUGUGUAAGACUCCAGCCAUAGCCGACAUCGUGAUCCUGGUGGACGGUUCCUGGAGUAUCGGGCGGAUCAACUUCAGGCUGGUCAGGACCUUCCUGGAGAACCUGGUCAAGGCGUUUUCUGUGGAGAUUGACAAGACUAGGAUUGGUCUGGCUCAGUACAGCGGAGACCCCAGGAUCGAGUGGCAUCUGAACGCUCACACCACUAAAGAGUCUGUAAUCGAUGCUGUGAAGAAUCUGCCAUAUAAAGGAGGAAACACACUGACAGGUGUGAAAAAUGCUGAUGAGAAUGAGCUGAAGGCGAUUGCCUCACCUCCAGAGCAAACUCACGUCUACAACGUGGCAGACUUCAGCGUGAUGAGCGACAUCGUGGAAGGCCUCACCAAGACCGUUUGUGACCGCGUGGAGCAGCUCGACAAGAAGAUCAAAGGGGGGGCGGAGCCUGCCCCGCCAGCCGCCGCCGUGGCUGCACCUCGUGACCUCGUGACCUCGGCGAUAACUGCUCGUAGUUUCCGGGUGACAUGGACACACGCGUCGGGUCAGGUGGAGAAAUACCGAGUGGUGUACUACCCUGCCAGUGGGGGGCAGCCAGAGGAAAAGGUGGUCCAGGGGACACAGAACAGCGUGGAGCUGAGCUAUCUGAACUCUCUGACAGAGUACCAGGUGGCUGUUUUUGCCGUCUAUCGCAGCGCCGCAAGUGAAGCCCUGAGAGGAAGUGCUACUACAUUGGCCCUGCCCACGGUGAACAACCUGCAGUUGUUUGAUAUCACUCACAGCACGAUGCGGGUCCGCUGGAAGGCCGUCGCCGGGGCUUCUGGGUACAUGAUUCUGUACGCCCCGCUGACCGAAGAGGACGCUUCAGACGAGAAGGAGGUGAGGAGUGUGCUCGUGUGCAAUGAGAUACCGCUGAUCCCAGCGAGGAACCUUCGUUUCUCUGAGGUGGAUCACAGCUCUGCCCGGAUCACAUGGGACUCCGCCUCCAGGAAGGUUAAAGGGUACCGCAUCAUGUACGUCAAAACCAAUGGAGUCCAGACCAAUGAGGUGGAUGUUGGCCGUGUGACAGCCUGGCUGCUGAAAAACCUGACAUCACUGACAGAGUACACUGUUGGUGUGUUUGCCGUCUAUGACGAAGGACAAGCCGAGGUUGUGACAGACAGCUUCACCACAAAAACCGUCCCAGACCCAGUGGACCUGAGGAGCAGUGACAUCUCCACGAACAGCUUCAGGGUGUCCUGGGCUCACCCGGCGUCUGAUGUGGUGUUUCAUCAGGAAACUCUUAGAGUGAAACAUUUUUGAGCAUCUUUUUCUGUCACCUGUCUGUUUCAGGUUUUGGUGAACGGGAAUAUCAACACGUACCUGAUAAAGGGACUCAGCCCCUCGACAGAGUACGAAGUCCUCCUGGCCGCCGUUUACGGGAACGAGCUGGAGAGUGAUGAGGUGAUCCUCGUGGAGUCCACCGCUGAAAAAACAACCACCAUCGCCACGACAACCACCACCGUAGCAGCUCCUCGGUACGGGGUGAGAGGCAUGAAGAUCGAUGAAGAAACGACGUUCAGCAUGCGGGUGUCCUGGCAGCCCGUCGACCCCAGAAAUGUUCGACAUUAUCGACUGAGCUACAUCAGCGCGAGGGGAGACCGAGCAGCAGAGACGAGAACAGUGCCCACUGGUCAGAACAGCCUGGUUCUGCAGCCUCUGCUGUCAGACACAGAGUACAAAGUCUCCAUCACUCCUGUUUACCCCGAGGGAGACGGACCGGCAGCCGCCGCGACGGGACGGACGUUUCCUCUCUUAGCUCCCAGGAACCUGCGUGUCUCAGAGGAAUGGUACAAUCGCUUCAAGAUCAGCUGGGAUGUUCCACCGUCGCCCACAAUGGGGUACAGGGUCAUCUACCAGCCUCUAACUGCCCCCGGACAAGCUCUGGAAACCUUUGUGGGGGAGGAUGUGAACACCAUGCUGAUCGUUAACCUGCUGAGUGGUACGGAGUACAGCGUCAAGGUCAUCGCCUCCUACUCGACUGGAUCCAGCGAAGCCCUGACAGGAAGGGCCAAGACCUUGUACCUGGGCGUGACCAACCUGAGUACCUAUCAGGUGAGGAUGAACGGGCUGUGUGCCCAGUGGCAGCCUCACCGACAUGCCAGCGCCUACAGAGUGGCCCUGGAGUCGCUGGUUGGCAGUCAGAAGCAGGAGACGAGACUGAGCGGAGGAGCGAGCAGGCACUGUUUCAACAACCUGAAGCCCAACACGCAGUAUAAGAUCAGCAUCUACGCUCAGCUGCAGGACGGGACCGAGGGGCCUGCAGUCACCACCGCUGAGAAGACGCUGCCCGUCCCGACCCCACCACCCACCAAGCCCCCGACCACCACGCCUACACCCACAAUCCCUGCUGCCAAGGAAGUCUGUAAAGCUGCCAAAGCAGACUUGGUCUUCCUGGUUGACGGUUCCUGGAGUAUUGGAGAUGAAAACUUCCUGAAGAUCAUCCGUUUCCUGUAUAGCACCAGUGGAGCUCUGGACCGGAUCGGCCCGGAAGGCACACAGGUGGCUAUUGCCCAGUUCAGUGACGAUGCCCGGACAGAGUUUAAGCUGAACUCCUACAGUGACAAGGAGGGUCUGCUGGACGCCAUCAACAAGAUCUCCUACAAAGGAGGAAACACUAAGACAGGUCGAGCCAUCCAGCACGUGAAGAAAAACAUCUUCACAGAAGAGGCGGGAGCGAGGAGAGGAAUCCCCAAAGUGCUCGUGGUGCUCACUGACGGUCGGUCUCAGGACGACGUCAACAAAGUCUCCAAAGAGAUGCAGAUGGAAGGUUACAUCGUGUUUGCCAUUGGCUUCGCUGAUGCUGACUACGGGGAGCUGGUGAGCAUCGCCAGUAAACCCAGUGACAGGCACGUCUUCUUUGUGGAUGACCUGGACGCCUUCAAGAAGAUUGAAGAGAAGCUGGUGACCUUUGUGUGUGAAGCUGCAACUGCCACGUGUCCGGCUGUACCGAUGAGUGGCAGCACGAUGCCAGCCUCACUGGGUGAAGGUGGAAAGAAAACGGCUGAAAGAGGACAGACCUGUGCUGCACUGUGUGUGAGCAGCGUACUGACUAACAUGAAGAACAGCUCGGUCAUGUUACAGCUUCACAGGAAGGGGGCGCUGUUCUCCUACUUUCUGCAGGCUGAGACGUCUGCACAGCUUCUAAAUGCUGCUGAUCUUCACCUCGCCAUCAGUAAGACGAGCGCCAAAGUGUUCGUUGACUGCAAGAUGGUGUCUGAGAAGACCGUCAACGCAGCAGGAAACAUCAGCACUGAUGGGCUGGAGGUUCUUGGUAGGAUGGUCCGCUCCCGAGGGAACAAGGACAACUCUGCACCGGGAGGCCCAGGAAUCAGAGGAGCCAGAGGAGAACGUGGAGAGCCAGGCCCUGUGGGACCAACUGGUCCUGUUGGAGAUACGGGUCUUCCAGGACCUCAGGGACCCCCAGGACGGCAGGGACCCAGUGGACGCUCCAUUAUUGGACCCCCGGGCAGUGCUGGAGAGAGAGGUCAGAAAGGUGAUGUGGGACAACAAGGAACUCAGGGGGUUCCUGGAAGACCCGGAGGUCCAGGGAGGGAAGGACCUCCAGGACCCAGAGGACUGCCAGGCAAAGAUGGCCCCCCAGGCACAACGGGCCCCCCAGGAACCAUCGGAACUCCGGGAGCUCCAGGAUCCCCAGGAAGUACAGGCUCUCCAGGAAAGCAGGGAGAGCUGGGCCCACCGGGACCUCCUGGAACUAAGGGAGAGAAAGGUGAACGGGGAGAUCUUCAGUCGACAGCAUCAGUUCAGGCCAUUGCCAGACAGGUCUGUGAGCAGCUGAUCCAAAGCCACAUGGCGCGCUACAACAGCAUCCUGAACCACGUGCCGAGUCCUCCGGUGUCAAUCCGCACAGUUCCCGGACCACCGGGAGAGCCUGGUCGAGAAGGAUCCCCAGGACCACAGGGAGAACAGGGACCCCCAGGCAGACCAGGACAACCAGGAGAGAAGGGUGAUAAGGGAUCUCCAGGUGUGGGUGUACAAGGACCCAGAGGACCUCCAGGACCACCUGGUCCCCAGGGACAGGGCAGACCAGGUAGCUCGGGACCCUCAGGACGACCUGGAAAUCCCGGAGUACCCGGUCGGCCCGGAGCCCCCGGACCCAUCGGCACCCAGGGGCCUCCGGGUUACUGUGAUCAGAACUCCUGUGUGGGCUACAAUGUUGGAGAAGGCGAGGAUGUCACUGACGGCGGCGCUGUCCCCGCAGUCCAACUACCACCCAGCGUCUUCCAGAACUACGGCGAGGUCGAGGAAGACGAUCCGUACCGCUACUACCAGCCCAACUACCCGGCCCCUCGACCAGUGGCGCCUGAUGAUCCCGCACUGGCCCUGGGUGACGUUGAGCUGAGGUCUCCUGGCGUCUACCGCACCUCUCGGAGUGUGAAGGAGGAGGAAGAGAAAGUCGGGACGAAGAGGCGACUAAAGAGAAGCGCUGCGUGGACUAACUGAGAGGAGUUGAUUCUGAUUGGGCGGCUCGGAGCUGCUAUGGACUAAUCAACAAGUGCCUGAUGUAAAGGAUUUCUUAUGGACAUUGUAGAGGGACGGGAAGGGAUACCAGUCGGGACUAUUGUAACAUCUAUGCUACAUUAAGAAAACUUUCAAAACAAUUUACAUUUUGUUUGUUUUUCAUUUGUCAACAAUAUUGUUUGGAAAUCGUCGGAUCUUAAAGAGGGUUCAUGUUUCACAGGUGAACUGUUCUCACAGACUGUAUAACAAAGGUUCAUGUAGCCACCGAUGACGUUCCCCGCUGGUUUCUAACGUUUCGUUUUGAACGUUUGGUUUCCUGAUGCUGUUUAAAGAAGCAAGGGAUCAAUGUGAGAAACCAGUGGAAAUGGUCAAGGGGUCGUGACCUCUCACUUCAUAGACACAUUAAAGUACAGUAACGUGUCAAAACUGGGCAAAAAUACAGCCGUCCAUUAUUUUUAACUGCUUCAAUAAGGAUCAUGGGGAGGAACAGAGUCUCUCCUAGUUAACACACA